AUCAGUCUUGCUCCUACAAGCCGCGUACCCGGCUGUCAUCGAGCUAGCGAGGCGGUAUGCCAAAGACCCAAAAAUUGUACCCUCUGCGCAGAGGAUUCGGGCACGGCUAAUACGCGAGGUGUGUGGUGGAUAUAUGCAUGCCUCUCAGUUCCUCCUGGUCACAAAUGUGCUCUUGCAACAACUCGGCACCCUUGUCCAUGACUCAGGAUUCGCCUCUUCGCCGUAUCUGAAGGACAUCAUUCCGAUUUAUACAGAAACUCUCCGUGAUCCAUUCAUUGGACAGUCCCCAGCCCGACUGUCAAUCACAUUGGAUGGGUUGGCCCUCAUUGUUCGAGUUUGUUGGCCGAGAGUGUCGACAUCAGCAUAUGAGAGUGAGAUCAUCAGAGCACUAGCUGUCUGUUGGCUUUCAUUGCAUGACGAUAGCGGAGAUGGUUCACACCGUGAGCUUUUAGACAAGUUGCGAUACACCGCCGAGGUGCUCUCAGCUGCUGUUGAAGCGACGGGCACACGGCUGGACUUGAAGGUUGCACCUCUGGUGGCCAAGGAUGAAGUCUUGGGAGGCCUGUUCGACAACACGGCAAAGCAGAUGUAAGCUAUC